AUGCAAGAAACCAAACACCAGAAAGCUCACCUUCAAGAUUUCGCUCCUCACAACUUCAACAACCAUAGGGUUCUCAACCUAUCCGAAUCCCCUUUACCUUUUCGUUCUUCAUCAAGGCCCUUCACCAGAAGAAUUCUGCAUCAAGAUGGCUAUGCCGGACAACUCGUGCCCCUUCUUCCUGAAUCUCCCUCGCCGAUUUGCAUCCACCCGUUUCAACUUUCAUCUUCGGACUCAGACACGUUCUACUCCGACAUUGCCUCCCAAUUUCCCUCCCCAAGAAACCAGAACCUUGGAAAAUCCUGCAUUGAGAGCAACCACUGCUCCUCAUGCUACUGUGAAAUAGAAGAGUGGUUAGAGCACGCAAACAGAUUUUGCAAACCUACUAACUUUAUGACCAGAUAUCACUCAUCAGAGGAUAGUGGUGAUAGUUUGGAUCAAAAUGAAAGAAGCCCAGAAGUGAAAUUGAGUAUCUCAUCCAUGUGCAAAAAAUUUCUUGAUCAUGAACUUUACAGCAACACACUGCCUUCAGUUAAAGAGAGUACUGCUUAUGAAAGCCACAGUCGUCUUGCCUGCAUAAACAGCAUACAUGGACAUCGCAAAUCUGAAAGAGAUCAAGGACAAAGAAAGUUGUUGGGCAGGCCCAAACCUUAUAACACCUACUUGAAUGAAAUAGAAAUGCAGAAGCUGGAAGCUGAAAGGGAUUCGCGGAAGAGAGCCAGACAUCUUGAACUGUUGGAAAGGAUGAGAAGGAAGGAAGCUGCUAUAGAUGAUUGGGAAUUGGAGCAAACCAGGAUAGCUGUAGAAAAGAUGAAGAAACUUCAGCAAAAAUUUCAGAACAAGUUAGAGACGAAACACCUUGAAGUUGCGGCCAAAACCCAGAAGAAACUAUGCUUGCUGAAGCAAAAAGCGGAAAAACAGAAGAGAAAUUUGAGGCGAACAACAAUAGAGAGGAUCUCUACCACUACAAAUAUCUCUGGAACACACACUUGCAGUUGCAGAGGAUUCACAUGUCUCAAAUUUGGAUCAAUCUGUUAAAAUCCAUAAUGUAUUA